AUGAUGCAACGUCUAGCACGUCUUCUCAGGUUGCCCUUUUUCCGGCGACCCCCAUCGCCAGCCCGAGAGUUCUCACCCGGCCCUCUUCUAGACUCAGUCGACAAGCUGGAGGAGGAAAAACUGGCAUGGUUCUCCCAAGACAACUUCUUUCCCGUCAAAAUUGGCGAUGUCUUUCAUUCGAAAUAUCAAGUGGUCGGAAAGCUGGGUUACGGCGGGUAUUCAACAGUAUUGCUUUGCAGAGAUUUACAGGAGCACAUUUACGUCACAUUGAAAACAUACGAACGUGACUCUGCUCAUGCAGAACGAGAAUCUCAGGUUUAUGAUCACCUCGAAAGCCUCAGAUCAAGCCACACGGGUACCAUUCUCGUGCGUACUGUAUUGGAUAAAUUCCAACUCAGCUCAGCCGAUGGUUCCUCCUUCCAUCAAUGUCUCAUUCACCCGCCCUUGGGCAUGAGUCUAUAUGAGCUUCGAAAUCGGACAGCCAAAAAGGUUUUCCCAGAAAUUCUGCUUAAACCCACUCUGAUCCAUAUUCUCAUUGCCUUGGAUUUCUUGCAUAGCGAGGCCCACACAUACAAGAAAAGAACAUCAUGCUUAAUGUUGAAGAUGAAUCAAUUCUCGUCGAUUUUGAGCAGGCGGAACUUUCCAAUCCAAAGUGGUCGGGGAUCGGGCAAUCUACUGUUCUCGGAAUCUGAGAAUCCCGAAGAAGCAUGGUCGCCCGUGCUGUCAGACUUCGGCGAGGCUCGCUUUGGGUCGGAUUCAGGUACGUAUUGCGGUGAUGUACAGCCCUUCAUUUAUAGGGCUCCCGAGGUGCUACUUCGCAUGCCCUGGGAUGAAAAGAUUGACAUCUGGAACCUUGCAGUGGUGGCCUGGGACCUAUUCGAGCAAGGUCAUCUCUUUUACGCCCGAGAUGCAAACAAACAAAGCUCAGAAAGCCAUCACCUUGCGGAAAUGAUUGCAUACCUAGGGCCACCACCGCGCGAGAUGAUUGAGAAAAGCGAACAUGCGAAGAACUUCUUUGAUAAUAGUGGAAAAUGGAAGGGGCUCACUGAAGUUCCUUCUACGUCUUUGGAGGACCUUGAAAGCAACCUUCAAGGAGAACAGCAAGAAAACUUUCUCCGUUUCAUGCGCAAAAUGCUUCGGUGGCGACCAGAAGAACGAGCUUCGGCGAAAGAGUUGCUAUCGGAUCCUUGGUUGAGGUCACCAUAG